AUGGAGCUAGAAUUAGGACUCAAAAUCACCAAAACUAGGGAUGAUCUCACUUCCACCACCAAGUUUCGAAUGGCCAAAGACUCGUCAGGUCCUAUUUUCAUGUCUAGAGAAACUGAAAGCAAGUUCAUCCUCACCGCCCAUCUCAAAGGUUUUGGGAGAGAGCAUAUUCGGAUCAAGAUAAAUGAAGAUGGGACAGAGAUUGCUAUUACUUGGGAGAAGCCAGUUCAGGAGAUGGUGAUGUCAGGGUGGAUGAUGCACAAGAAGGAGGUGGAGUUGAAGGGAUUCAUUAGGGUCUUUCGGAUACCGGCCGGCGUUGUUUUGGAUCCGAUUACGGCCAACUUUAACGAGCAAGAAUCGGUUUUGACAAUCUUAAUGCCGAAAUCGGUGAAAGGAAUUCGAGGGGUUGGGAUUGAGGAAGUGAAAGAAGAAGAAGAAGAAGAAGAAGAGGUUGCUGCUUCAGAGAGAAAUGAUGAGAUUGGUAGUACAAAUGAGGUUCCUAAAAGUGUUGGGAAAGUGGAGGAAAGUGGUCAAAUACUGCAAAAGAAGGAGGGUGAUAAAGAGAAGUCCGAGAAAGAAACUUCAGCUCACAAGCAGGCUAAAGAAAAGGAGAUUGUUAAUGGAGACAAAGUUAAAGAACAAAAGAUCAAAACUAGGCAUGAAAAUCGCGGGUCUCCAGGAGAGUCUUCUAAGAAAGGAGCACCAAAUAAAGGUGAAGAAGAGCCAAAGAAUAUUGCAAACAAGGAAGGAUCUGAUUCAAUUGAUAAAGAGAAAGUUGAUGAAGAGAAAUUGAAAAGAACACAAGAAGUCACUAAUAAGCCGCCUCAAGAAGAGAAAGUAAGUACAGCUCAAAAGGAAGAAGUUGAUCAAACAACAAAACAGACAUAUAAUAUGGAAGCUUCUACUAAACCAGAGCGAAAAGAGGCUGAAAUGAAGGUGCAGAUUAAGAGUCAGGAAAUUCGAGAAGAAGAUAAUAAUGCUUUUGGAACGUUGGAGAGAAGUGACACUAAAGAAGGGAUUAUGGAAUUAGAAGGCGAAGUCUUGAAAGAAUUGGAAGCAAUAGCAUGGUCGAAAAAAUCGCAGCCUGGAAAGGAAGAUCAUCAUGAAUACGAAGAAGCUCGCGACGGAGAAGAGAAUCCUGAAAAGGAAGAUGAAGUUCAAGAGGAAGAACCAAAAGAAGAUCCUGAUGAAGAAAAGGAAGAAAAUGAGCACAAUUCUCCUCAUGUGGAAGAAAAGAAUGAUACAACUGGAGAAGUGUCUCAAGGGAAGAACAAGCCUUCUUCAAGAAAGAUCAAGCUUUGUACUCCUUGUGUCAUUGCAGGUUCUGCUAUCAUUGCGUCUCUUGUAGUGUUUGCAAUCCAUUGGAUUAGAUCCAAAAAGAAAGAGGUUCGUUGA